GCGUCGAAGGCCGAUGUCAGGAGCUGGCAGCAGAGCUCAGAAGACAUGGGGUUCGCGUGGAGGUGGAUGCGCGACACAACUACACUCCAGGCUGGAAGUUCCACUGGUGGGAGCUGAAGGGCGUGCCCCUGCGUUUGGAGGUGGGUCCGCGAGACAUGGCGCGGAAGACGUGCCGAGCUGUGAGGAGACUGGAUGGAGCCAGCAAGGAUUUGGACCAGUCGCAGCUUCCGGGUGCGGUGCAAAGAGAGCUGGAUGACAUCCACAGCGCGAUGCUGGCGAAGGCCACUGGAGAGCGGGACGGGGGCAUCGCCCGCGCGAGCAGCUGGAGUGAGGUGCUGCCGUUGUUGGCUCAGAAGAAGCUGAUCCUCGCUCCCUGGAGCGAGGCUCCAGAGUCUGAGAAGCUGAUCCGGAGCCAGACGCGGGAGGCGGCUGAUGAUGCCGCUCUGACUGGUGCCAUGAAGAGCCUGUGCAUUCCGUUGAGCCAGCCCCCGCUGGGCGAAGCAAAGUGCUUCUUCACGGGAGAGCCGGCGAAGAG